AUGGAGUUCCCUGACGAGACCCGGGAAGAUACCAGAUCCGUAUCAGAGGGUGAGGAUGGCAGGUCAUCCCCUAGACCCGAAUUCCCUCCGCUUGGCUCAGAACUGUCUGAAUCUAAAAAGCAAACUAGUCGUGAUAGCGGGUUCGUCGGAAGUUGUGACGACCUAUUAAGAAGCGGUGACUCAAGCUCGGACUUCACAAAGUCGCAUGAACAAAAAACGGAACUAGAAGAAAUAAUAGAGGAAGUCAGGGCCGACACGGAAGAACGCGUAGAGAGAUUGCCCUUAUCCCGCCCACCGCCGAGCCCGCUUUCGAGAAAAGAUAGCUUUAACAAUUGGUCCUCAGAUGAGGAGACCAAUCUGAUGAUGACUAAAAUGAGACAAUUCUUUAAACAAAUGAUAAACUCUUCUAAUGUCAAAACUUCAACCAUAACCUCAGCCGAUUCUGAGAGCCCUAAGCCCCCGAAACCACCGCAGUUGCUAUACUUCGAAAGCGAAUUGACACGAUUGAUGAAAACAGUACCCGGUAUCCGCGACGAGGAAGUACGCGAGAUCGUAGAGUACUUAUCUAGUGAAGACACGUGGAGUGACUCGUACGAUUCAUCCGAUUAUGCCGGUUCCGAUUUGGAGGGCUCAGCAAAUAGAUCCGCCUUAAGAAAACAAAUAUCGGAGAGCUGUAGAGAAAUCAUAGAUGAAUUUGAUAAAGGUAACAGUGACGCUGGUUCAUUAGAGCGAGACGCGGUCGGGGCAUACCAGAGAUUAGUGGCGACAUUAGGCCGAGUGAGCGACGGUUCUCCACCCCUAUUUGGCAAAGUGAUGCGGCAUAUAGGAGGGAGGCUGGUGGCUUUGAUGCAUGAGGUAUCAGCGGGUGCAUCGCCGAGCACGGACGAAGAUAGUGCGUCGGAGCCGGGUGCGUUGGCGCGAAGCCGAUCUCAUGAUAUCCUAGAAGCAACCGCUAGUCGGGGUAGUGUCGCGAGUGAUAGUGAAAGGUUUUCGUGGCGUGGUAGUUUUGAAUCAGCGCUGUUAGCAGCUGAUUCUAGAGGGACGCUAGGCGGUGGCGGAUGUGAGGCAAGGCGGUCCCCGGCUGGGGCUGACCUUGCAGCUCUUAAGUCGCACUCGAGGAGUUGUGGAGCAAUCAGUGGAAGCGAGGAUAGACUGUGGCGCGGAAGGCGACGGGCUUCCGCUCCAGAUACUGAGCCUGAAGAGGAACAGCGUGCUGGCUCGCUACCAAGACUACCAGUCAAUGGUACCACUCCACCGCCGGUAGGACCAGUGAAGUCCGCAAGAUAUCGCGCUCCUGGAUUCAGAACAGCUACCAGGGCUGCGUCCGCUCCAGGUCUCCACGCACCUAGGAGAAGAAGACCGAUACCUACUCCUCAACAACCUCCACCCUCGGCUCCAGCAUCUGCGCCAAGUUUACAAGUUAGAUUAUUAUGA